UUGUGGCUGAAGCUCGGCCCAUAAUUCCCCCUCCACUCGUACACGCCCUCUGACUUGUCAGCGGAGAGGAAAAAAAGUUAAAAGAGAAAAAAAAACUAAAUCACGGAAGAGAUUCUGUGGCCGUUCGAGUUUGACAAGUUUUUGGUGGUGAAGAGAGAGAAGGGGAAGAGACGGGAGAAGAGGGAAAAGGAAGAGGUGUGAAAAGCUGCUCUUCGUUGGUCUUUUCGUGUCCCGGGUUUGAGGUAACUGUCAGUUCAUAGCCCCAAGAUUUCCACUCUCUACACAUAGAACAGUUGGAGCCAGCAGAUCAUUUGUGCUGUUGAGAUAAAGAGCAAACAUGGAAGGGGCCAUCAAGACAGUGGUGUCAGUCUUCUUAAAAUCAGCAAAAGGCAAGGAGAACCUUGGGGAGAAGGACUUCCAAAGCCUUGUGAAGAACCAGCUGAAGAACAUAAUGACGGAUACUGACAGCACUGAGGCCAUUAAGCAGAUGCGUCAGGGCCUUGACUCAAACCAAGAUGGCAAAGUCAGCUUCCAGGAGUACAUGACUCUGAUUGGCUACCUGGCACAGGCGCUCAGUCAGCAACGUUGCAAUGAGAAGGAGACACAACCGGUGAGUUCAGUCCCGGAGACACAGACCGAGGCCCCAACUGCGGCAAAUGCGGAGCCAGAAGCAAAGAACGAGGCGGAGCCUGUAAAAGAGGAGGUGGCAGCAGCCAAAGUGAAGGAUGAGUCCGAGGAAGUGGAAGAGGAAGGAGCGAAGGCAGAAGGGAAGGCAGAGGUGGAGGAGACCUCAUAGGAGCUUGAGAUAGUUUAAGCAAACUUCUCAAACCCUCCCGUACCCCUUUUGUCUAUUUCAAUCUCAUGUUUUUAAUAACAACAUAUUUUAUUACAUAGCCCAUUGAAUUUGGCCAACACUACAUCUUUUUUACCACUACGUUGUAGCAUAAACACUCAAUUAUUCAUUUUUACAUGUCCUUAUGUAUAUUGUCAUUUAUAUUGACCUGUAUUGUAUUUUUUGCCAUUUAAAGAUUUAACACUAUAUUCCAACAUGGAUUUCUAAUUGUGCCAAUACGUUUACAAGUUUACAGUUUAUUGGCAUGUUCAAUCAAUCAGCCGACUCCGGUGCUACUUGUAAGCCAAUAGUAUGCCUACCAGUGAUCCUCUGACAAGCAUGCUGAUCCCACCACCCCCCAACACCACCAUCACUUUGGUUUUUGUUUAGGUCUUGUUGUACACAGUUGGUUGCUGUACAUGCAUGCUAACACUAUUUCACUAUUUCACAAGAAGCGGUGACUAAUACUGAGCCCUUGUUCACAAACCACUAAAAUUGAAUGAAGUCUCAUUUGCAUGACAAUAAACAAAUUGUGUCUUUAAGUGUGCAGUUCAA